AUGAAUUUACAAAAUCAAAAUACAUUAAAACACGCUGAUGUUACCAACAAAACUAGAUCUUCAUUAUAUAAAGAACAACGUUUUACGCGAAAACUCGAAGAAAAUGAUUUAAUAGAAAAAGAAAUGGCUAUGUAUAUAAAUAAUUUAGAGGAAGAUAAAAUCAACUUAGUAAUCGAAAACGACAGUGAUUUUAAAGUUAAACCAAAAACAAGAGUCAUUAACCAACCAAAUAAAAAUAGCUACUAUAGUGAUGAUAACUACAAUAUAAUGGCACUAAAUAAAGACGUUAAAUGUUCUAACAAAUAUUUAAAUCCAAAUAAAGCUUUUAAAACGUCACAUAUAAAUUGCAUGAAUAUUAAAGAAGAUAGUUUAUCAUACAAUAACUCCUUGCCUCAAUUUAACGAAUAUAAAAAUGACUUACAAUCAUUGUUAAUAAUGUUAACAAUAAAUUCUAAUGAUGAAGGAAGGGACGAAGGGAAAGUUAAAGUAGUUAGAACAACUAAAAAAAUACAUAAAAAUGGACACGAAAUAGAACGUAAUGAAAAUACGUUAACGAAUUGCUGUAAUGAUGCUGUGGACGCAAAAACAAUAUCAGAAAGUUUUCAAACUGACCAAUUAGUACAAUUAUUAAAUAUAGCCCCUUUAAAAUAUGAAUUAAGCUAUCAUCAAAGAUAUAUAGCAAAAAAGUUCGUAAAAAAAUGGAAGAAUUUCGUCUCUUCUAAGACGCAAAAUCGAAUUUUUGAACAAAGACAACAAACUUUGAAUCAGUUUUUUGAUAAACUUUCCAAAAAAAUGAAUAAUGCAGUCUCCAACACGGAACCUGUUCAAAAAGCUAAAAUACUCGCCCGAGAUUAUAAUACAUAUCAGCAUAGGUAUAAGAUUCAAAAACAUAUAAUAGCGCUUCAGAAAACUAAACUCGAAGAACAAAACAAAUUAAUAGAAAAAUUGAAGUACAAUAAAAUUGUAGAAGCUUCGCGUCAGUCUUUAGAUACUAUGAGGGAAGAUGUAAGAAAAACUUAUUAUGAAAUCGACAAACAUUUGAAGCCUAAAAUUAAAUGUUUGACGAAUGAGUUAAAAAUUAAGGAGUUUGAAGAACCUUCUCUUGUUCUGCACUGCUUAAAAGUACCACAAUUUCUGCAAAGAAUGGAAUCCAGAGCUCGCGAAAGAGAAGAAAAGCACGCAAUCAUAAGAGAAAGGCGAAAACAAAUGGAGGAAGAACGACUCCGUUUAAAGCAACAGGCAGAAUUAGCGAAGGCAGAAAUGGAUAAAGAAGAAAAAAUGAGAAAAAUAAAAGACUUAAGAGAGAAAAGGAAAAAAGAAAAAAUUGAAAAUAUCAGGAAGAAACAACACGCAGAGAGAAUGAGGGCCUUGAUAGUAAUGUCUGAUUUGCAUUAUGAAAGGAAUUUGAUGUAUAAAUAUGGUCUUAAACCAUUAAAGUUAUUGUUAGAAAUUAAGAAGGAUAACAUUGAUAAAGCCAAAGUUCAUUACAAAUUUCAAUUAAUGAAAAACUUAUUCUUACAUUGGAUGUGGUACACUGAAGACAUGUGGUUCGAUAGAAACUAUAAAGCCGAAGAUUUUUACAGGAAGAAAAUAUUGAAAAAAGCAUUCAACGGAUUAAAAAUGAAUCAUCACGAGUUUGUACUAAAAAAGCAAGUGGCAGAUGACUAUUACGAUCUAUUUGUAUCGCAACUUGUAUUUAGAAAAUUUCGUGAAGGUAUAAUGAUUCUUAAAAAGGAAAUUGAAUUUAAAUGGAAAAAGGCAUCGUUAUACUAUAAUAGCAAUAUAAUGUUUAAAACAUUUACCUGUUGGCGCACAUUACCUGCGUUAAACGCUCUGAAGAGAGAGCAAGAAGCAAGAAAAUUGAAAUGGAGAGAAAAAGUGUUGCAAGUUGUACCAGACUACCAGCCACCUGAAGAU